UGCCAGCAAAAACACAAAACCACUCUACAUUUCCUCCAAAUGUCCAUCCCGUUGCUUUCAUUUUCAUCUGAUUGUCCUUCUCUGUAAUUUUUUUAAAAUUCAAUUUCAAAUUUUUUAACCAAUAAAAUCCCUAAUUUCAAGCACUCAUCUUUAAUAACAAUUUUUCAGAAUACCCAUUACUCUAAUCUCUCUCCUUCUGUUCAAAGUUUUGUCCUUUUGAGUUCAGUAUUCUCAGAAGAGACAGAAUUUGAGUUUUUUCUUUUCUGGGUUAUUUUAGAGAGGGAGAGAGAAAUAAAAUGGCGUCUAAUAUAGGAAUGAUGGACAGUGCUUAUUUUGUUGGGAGAAAUGAGUUAUUAACAUGGAUUAAUAAGAGGCUUCAGCUUAAUCUUUCUCGUAUUGAAGAGGCUGCAUCUGGUGCCGUGCAGUGUCAAAUGAUGGAUAUGACAUAUCCAGGAGUUGUUCCCAUGCAUAAGGUGAAUUUUGAUGCAAAAACAGAAUAUGAUAUGAUCCAAAACUACAAGGUUCUGCAAGACGUAUUCAACAAGUUGAAAAUUGAUAAGCAUGUUGAAGUUAACAGGCUUGUUAAAGGCCGGCCUUUGGACAACUUAGAGUUCUUACAAUGGUUGAAACGAUACUGUGAUUCCGUUAAUGGUGGCAUCAUGAAUGAGAAUUACAAUCCUUUGGAUCGAAGAGUUAAAGGUGGAAAGGACCGUAACUCCAAGGGUUGUCAGAAGUCCUCAAAAUCACUGCAAUCAAACAACAUGCAUAACUCUGGUGACUCAGUUGUCCUGAGUAAAACAUCUGCUACAGGGCCAAAGCCAAUAAAAGGAAGCGCCGUGGCAGGCGGGACUAAUUCUUUAUUGGAGAUCCAGUCUUUGUCCAAAGAGAUAACUGAUCUCAAGCUCUCCGUGGACCAUUUGGAAAAGGAAAGAGAUUUUUACUUUGCAAAACUACGGGAUAUAGAACUGCUUUGUCAAGCAACUGAAUUGGAGGGGAUCCCGAUGGCCAUUGCCGUAAAAAAGAUACUGUAUGCUGCCGAUGCCAAGGAAUCCGCACUUGAAGAAGCUCAGGAAUAUUUGUAUCAAGCUAUGAAUGAAGAAGGCGAAACAGAACCUGAAAAUGAGGAGGCUGAAUCUCAAUGAUUAGUUAUCGAUAACAUUGCGUAGAAGCGGAAAAUCUUGCCAGGGUCUUGUUAAACAAGCUCCUUUCGGUUUGAUUACGAGGGUACUGGUGAUCUUUCACCAUCCUCUAGUAGCUUGUUAAAAAGUUAAAUUAAUUAAAACUAAUUUAAAUUUUACAUUUUUUUCGUUGGGAA